GCACACAGACUGGUGCUGCGACAGCUACUGUGACUGCGCCGGCUCCCAGCUCCUGGCAAGAAGGAACCUGGACAUGACCAGAAAGAUCUUCACAAAUACCAGGGAGCGGUGGAGGCAGCAGAGUGUCAACAGUGCCUUUGCCAAGCUGAGGAAACUCAUCCCCACUCACCCUCCAGAUAAGAAGUUGAGCAAAAAUGAGACACUUCGCUUGGCAAUGAGGUACAUCAACUUCUUGGUCAAGGUCUUGGGUGAGCAAAGCCUGCAGCAAACAGGAGUCACUGCUCAGGGAAACAUUCUGGGGCUUUUCCCCCAAAACCCCCACCUGCCAGAUGUGGAUGGCAGAAUUCUACUGAAUGACUACCAAGUUUCUUCCCCUGGCCCAAGCCAUGGGGCUCCCUAGGGUGGCAGUGACAGACAGCCCCCAGGGCAGCACUAGUUAAAGAGUCCUGCGGUUUCAUGCUGUAGAGAGGUAUGACACAGGAAGUGACUGGGACAGCACCUGAGAGCUGAAAGGAGACUUGAGCGAUAUUGCGCUGGCCCCAUCACCUCAGAACGUCAGGCAGGCAAAAAAAUAGCAAAACAAAAUAGCCAUAAGUUUAACACUGCUGUCUCGCUCAUGACGUCACUAAUGAGGACUUCCUUAUCCUGGAUCUCUGAUGAAAGAACAAUGCUUGUUGCCUUCUGAAUAUAUUCAAAAGUUUACUUUGAAGAAGGAGACAUGUUUGAUUGAGGGCAAAUACAGUAAGUGUUAAGACUGAUGAAUGAAGAAACAGCCACUAUGGAAACCAACCUGGGAGAGCGCUGGGGCCCUCUCUGGAGGGAUGUCCCUCUGGAGCAGAGCACUGAGGAUUAUGAGUGUGGAAAGGCUUCUUUAGCCUCUGUGGAAUCAUGAUAUUCAACUUCAGUUGAGCUUUUGAUACAUAUACUAUCUGAAACCAAAUAGCGGAUUUCAUUCACGGAAGGAAAAACCUUGAUAACUUAUGAACUGGACUUCAGAGCUUUCUUAUAAGAGUUAGCUAAAAUGAGUGAGUAAAGCCUUAGUUUAACACAUUUGGUAUUGACACUUUUAAUUCAGCCCAGAUUCGUGCUGACUUAAGACCUGUAAAAUUAAAUAAUUAUGAAAAUCCAAAUAUUGCCAUUUUAUGAG